CGUUGAGAAAAAAAAAGAAUCUAAACAAACACAAAAAAAAAAACAAAUCGAGAGAAAAUGGGUAUCUACUGGUCCACGUUCCUCUCCUCUGUCCGACCACCUCCGCCUCCUCCGCCACCACCACCGCCACCUGCACCACCGCAGAACCAGUUUCUGGAGCUCGUUGAAGCCGGAGUCCAAAUCUGCAUUGUGGCAGUCAUUGCAAUCGGAAUCUUCCGUGCGGCAAGUGGAGCUCCGGUGAUUGUCUAUGCACGUCGUAGGAGUGACAUCUGGGACAGGGGGUUUUACUAGAUUCUUGCGUAGAUGAUGAUUUCAACCAAAGGUAGUAUUUUCUAAAAGAAUUAAUUAGAGUCAGUUUU